CUAGCCGUUGCGCUGGAAAACUGAUGACGCGGGCUCAUGGCCUCCUCACGUUUCUUCUUCUUCGGUUCAUAUUCUAUUACUUUUCGCAGUUCAUUCAGUCUUCUAGUUUCAACUUUCAAUCAAACGAUGGCAACAUCGGCGGCGUUGGCAACUACGUUGAGAAGCCUAUUCUGCGUGUUGGGAGGCGUUAUGGCGGCCACUCUCAUCUACACCGUCUCCGUCGACGGCUCCCCCUUCCGCGUGGACCUUCUCAAUCCGUGGAUGGUGGCAACCUUGAUUGAUUUCUAUAUAAAUGUUGUAGCUUUAGGGGCUUGGGUUUCCUACAAGGAGUCUAGCUGGUUCAGCUCAUCACUUUGGAUAGUUCUGCUCAUAUGUUUUGGAAGCAUCACAACAUGUUGCUACAUUGUUUUUCAAUUCCUUAAGUUGUCAGCUGAAGAAUCUGUGCAAGAUCCUAUUUACUAUGUUUUAAUGCGGCACUCUAACAAGGAUGGAACUGAAAACAAGAGGCAAUUUUCUGUUGUGACCACAAAAAUAUUCUUUAGUAUCUUGGGUUUUUUGAUGUUGAGCACCUUGAUUUACACUCUCUUGACAGAUGGCUCUCCAUUUCGCAAAGAUCUCUUGACACCGUGGAUGACAGCAACACUAAUUGAUUUCUACAUCAACCUUGUGCCCCUGUCGGUUUGGGUGGCAUACAAAGAAUCAAGUUGGACAAGUGCAUUCUCUUGGAUAAUUCUGUUGAUAUGUUUUGGGAGCAUCACGACUUGCACCUACAUUGUUCGGCAGCUUGUGUAUCUCCCAUCUCAAGGUCCUGUUCAUCUCAUUCUCCUAAAUAGCAGCAACAGGCAAGUUUAAUCCUAUGGAAGUUCCAAAUUCUUACAUUUAUACAGGCUUAGGGAUUCUUUAUUCAUUUCUGGAAUGCAGAAAACUGGUUUGAAGGCAUCAUCACCAAAUGGUUGUUUGGUUGGCAAGAAAGUAUAGGCCCAUAUGGUUCCCUUUUCCUUCUAAUUAAUCGAUGAAAAAAAGUGGAAACUUGAUUUACGUAAGCUGUUCAUGUUCUGUAACAUAUCAUCUCCAUGGUAUGGUGUUACUGCUAUGCUGUUCUUGUUAAUAUGGGGGAGUAUUAUUCUGUAAAAAUUGAAUUUUGUAAUCACAAAAACAGAUUUAAUUAA